CCCAAAUGUCAUCAGUUCGCUUUCGUAGCUUCAAGUGAAGAAACACAUCUAGUUCAAAUCUAUUAAAACCGCAACAAUGACUUUGCUGAAGAUCUGCGCUGUGUUGCUUGUCCUAUCGGUGACCUUACCGCAGAGCAAUGGCAGGACCGUUUGUGGACCCGCUCUGGAUGCUGUGCUCAGUACUAUUUGUGUGCACGGCUUCAACACCAAAUUCAAGAAAUCAAUGGAAUGGGAUGACCUGGGUAGCAAUGCUGUGGAAGAUGAGCUAGCUUUUCCUUAUGCCAAAUUUCCGUUCCUAUCCGAGCUUCACGGCGGUCACAUGAAUACGUUGGCGAAGACGCGCCGCCACCGCGACACGGUCGUUACCGGCGUUUACGACGAAUGCUGCAACAAAGGCUGCACCUACAACGAAAUUCUCUCCUACUGCAAUCGGUUUGAGGUGAACUAAAUGGCUCAGCGAUUUAGUUGAAUUGAUGAUUUGUAUGGCUUUUGCAAGGUUCUAUCAUAAGGCUCGCUUUUGUAAGAAGAUUGUUACAAUUUAUUCGGAUUUCUGUUAAUAAAACAUUUUACUGCAUAACAAAA